GUUUGUGAGUAUCCACAUAGCUACAUGAGCCUGUAGAGAGUGGUGGUGGCAAUGUGGGGAAUAGGGGUUGUGAGUUUUAGUGUCUACUGUAGCAAGGCUAAACACGCAUGGUCAGCCCAUGCAACAAUUAGACAAGGACUGGUCAGCCACAAUUUAUGGCAAGCAACACAGACAACUAAUACAAAGACCUAUAGAGGUGGUGAAAGCAGGGGCAAAGACUUUCAAAGGUGAAACGUGGGGUGGUCUAAGGUCACAAAGAGCAGAUUACGGGGUACAAGGGGAAGGGGGCUUAGUAGUGUGCAUUGUGUUUUUGGACGUCUUGGAAGGUGUGGGAGAACCAGAUAUGACACGUUCCCUCGGGAACCUGUUCCGGCGGCUGCUGUCCAAAGAGAGUAAGGGAGAGGAGGAAGAUGAAGAAGAAAGAACAGUGAAACCAGUCAUUGAUGAGCAGGAGCCGCAGCUGAAGGGCAUUGUGACACGACUGUUCAGCGAGCAGGGAUUCUACCUGCAGAUGAAGCCAGAUGGCACCAUCAAUGGGACCAAGGACGAGAAUAGUGACUACACUCUGUUUAACCUCAUCCCGGUGGGUCUACGGGUGGUGGCAAUCCAAGGAGUAAAGGCCGGCCUCUAUGCAGCCAUGAACGGAGAGGGUUUCCUCUACACCUCAGACAUCUUUACAGCAGAGGCAAAAUUUAAGGAGUCAGUGUUUGAGAACUACUACGUAAUCUAUUCAUCAACGCUGUACCGGCAGCAUGAGUCUGGCAGGGCCUGGUUCCUUGGCCUCAACAAAGACGGCGUGGUCAUGAAAGGCAACCGUGUGAAGAAGACGAAGCCCUCCUCACACUUUGUGCCGAGACCCAUUGAAGUUUGCAUGUACAAAGAGCCAUCCCUGCAUGAAAUCGAGGAGAAGGCACGCUCACGGAAAGACUCCGGUACUGAGGCACCCGCUCUCCUGAACGGAGGAGAAAAUGUGGCAGGCCAGGACUCCACAGAGCAGGAUGGUGGUUCAUAGCCUGCACAGCGCUCCCUGGAGUCGAACUCCAUUUCUUACACCUUGUUCCACCGAAAACAACAGCGACUACGAUAAACAACAACAAACAAACAACAAAAAAUAAAACAAAACCGAAAAAAAGAAGAUUAAAAAAACUGAAUUCUUGCCUGUAAAAUAUUUUAGAAUAAAAGGGGAGACAUAUUUGAAAGUCAGGCUGUUCAAUUUACAUUUUAUGCAAAAGCCUGCUGUGAGUGUGGCACCAGGAAGUUCACUCUUCUCAUCAUGACAAAGUCAAUGUUUUAACAUUGAGCUCUGAAAUAAGCUUUAAACCAUGGUAUUACAAACAAUUUAUUUCAUGAAUGCAACCGCACUUUCACUUGCUUCUUUGUGUUAUUAUAAUAAUUUGGUUAGAAAGACUGCCCCCUCCCGCCUGUAAUAACUGUCCUUCUCCUUUUGGGUUGGGGGCAAGGAGACAUGGGGUGGGAUACGGGGAGUGUCACUUCUGCAGACACUGCCAUCAGAUCGGAAUCUGUGUAUAUCACAAGUUCUGUUCUCUGAUUUGUUGUGAUUCUCAUGGGCAAGGGGGGGCAAAGUGUAUCACUAGGGUUUGGGGGUCACUGUACAACAAUGUAUUAGCCACCUGUUGGGCGAGUCAAAGUUGGCUACCUGUCCAAUGUUAGGCUGGUUCAGUAUUAUUCUUAGACAUUUUGAGCUUUAGUGCAGUCACUGUUCUCCUGCAGACAGUUCUCCUGCAGUCACAUACCAUGGUCAAGACUUAUGGGGUGCCAGAGGCUUUGGUGAGACAGAUGUGUAGUAUAGUAAUACUACACAUGUACCGUUGUUGGAUUUAGUUUUUUUUUUUUCUACACCCAGUGUAAAUGUAUAACAUAGGUUAAUACAUUGAAAGUUCAGUAUUUGUUUGAAUAGUUUGCUUACAUCACGUAUAUGAACAAAUGAAAAUAACGAUGAUUUGAUGUGAAACUUGAUGAUGAUAACUUGUGAAGUAAUCAUCAUCUAGGGCUAACGACAGGUCGACAGUCACACCCCGAUUUCAGAUGUCAUGAUACGUACCACUACCAUCAAACCUUAAUCCUUACAUACAGUAAGUCAUUCAUAUUUCAGAUGGAUAUAUUUACUAAAUCCAUUUAGUUUGUAGACUGCUCUGCUAAAACUACAGACUACAUUCUCAAACAUCCAAAUCAUAAAAUGUGUCCCUGUAAUUAACAUCACCAUUGUGUAAUAAGAUGCACUACUAAGAAUCUGUUAUACACUGCCCUGAUUCACUGUAGACUCUCUGGAUCCACUGCUGGGAAUACCUACACACACUGCCCUAUAUCCUAUUGUCUUAGUAGCUCUUUCCUUGUCACAGUUCAAC